AUGCCGAAACAUGAUUAUAUGUGCAGUACUAUAAUAUUUAAUGGAAAUAUUGUGAUUUCGGGAAAGGAAAAUAAAAAGAUUUUGCAAUAUUCAAUUGGUAAUGAAUCUUUUUCGGCAAUUCCUUAUUGCUUUGUAGAGAAUAAAAUAAAGAUUCUGAUAAGCACAGACAGACUAUAUGUGAUUGAAUGCCCUGGAUCAAUCUGUGAAAGCGAAAUUGGAAAUUGCUUGAAAUGGAAACGAAUAGGAGAUCAACAAUCAAUUACGAUCCUAUUCAAGUGUAUUGUUCAUAUAAUAAAGGAGGAAUAUACAUCUCAAGUCAUUCUGAAUUGGCUAAAGAAUAUUAUUAUUUUGAUUUAA